GAGUAAUAAUCGGGCAAAAAUCGGCCGGGGAAAAAUUCGCUGGUGCUUUGGAAACCUAUACAGUGGAAUGCCUACUGCCAGACGGUCAAUGCUUACAAUUAGCCACUAGUCAUUAUUUUGGGGAUAAUUUUUGUCGUUUAAUGGAAGUCAAGUUUCAAAACAAAGACAACAAAAUGGAGCAUCCUUUUUCUACUUCUUGGGGCACUUCUACUCGAGUUAUUGGUUUAAUUUUGCCUUUUGAGAUUGCCCCCGUUCAAAUUGCAUUUAUUCUUAUCGGGGAAAGCUCAGAAUUAAUUAAUUACUAUCAAGAGAUUUAUGGUUUAUUAAGCCGUCAUUAUCGUUGUCAGUUGUAUAAUAAAAAUGAGCAAGUUAAUGCAAAUGUGAUCCAAGCCGACCAAGAGGGCUGUCCUUUCAAGAUGAUUAUCGGCAAACACGAAUUAGAGCACCAAGAAAUUACUCUGAUAAGGAGGGAUAAUGUGGAAAGAAAAAUCACCAUUAAAUUAGAGGAAAAUGAAACAGAAAAAAAAUACAUUACGGCCGCUGAAAAAUACUGGGAGGAAAUAAGCGGGAUUGACCAAAAAAACAAAGAAGUGCUAAUAAAGGAAAAAACAAAAAUGACUAAUUCAUUUAGACAAGGUCAGAGAGCCGGAAAAAUUUUUGGGACUAUCGGUAAAGAAACAGUAGAAUUACAAAAAAAUCUCUAUCAAAAAAGUGCGGAGUUUCGUGAUAAACACAUUUUUUCGGUUGCCAGUUUGACCGAAUUAGAGAAAAAAAUAAAAGGCGGGAGCAAGGGCUUAUUUUUGGUCCCUUUUUGUAAUAAUUUAGAUUGCGAAUUGAAAAUUAAAGAAAAGGUGCCUUCGUAUAGUAUCCGUUGUAUUGCGGGAGAGAAAAAAGUGGAUACAUCGCAUAAAUGUCUUUUUUGCCAGUCGGCAGCCCAGAACAGGAUAUCAAGCUCCAAGAAGAGUAGCGGCCGAAUGAAAUCAAUCAGAGUUAGUUCUGGGACUAAUCAAUCCGAAAUUAAAAAGGCUUAUAAUAAUCUAAUAAAAAAAUGGGCUGAAGACAAGUGGAAAGUCCGAGCCACAGAAAGAGGAUAUCCGUGUUCUGAUGGAAAAUGUGGCGUGGUUCCCAGGGAUGGAGGAGAAAAGUGGUUUCAUUCAAAAAAGUGCAAGGAGAUUUUUGAGAAAGUAAUAAGCAAUCGCAAACUAAUCGACGAGGCCUACACUUUUUUAACCGGGAAUGCCGGUAAGGGUAGUCAAAAUCCAGGGGGCGGCGGAGGACAGCAGCCACCACCGGAAGAAGAGUGUAGCCGUUGUGGGAAAAAUUACGACUUUGCCACUCGAUUUGAAAAAUUUAAAGGCGAGGGCAAUAAAAACCCAGAAAAGCCAGAGAAUAAUAGCGAAACACAGCAGACUAAUGGUCCAACAAGCGAGAAUGGGGAAGAGGAGGGAAAUGAAACAAACGAUAGUGAUUUGGACGACCACUCGGGGUCUAAUUCCGAUAAUAGUUCCGAUAGCAACUCCGAUCAAGAUGGGAAGUCCGAUAAUAACCCGCCUAAAAACAUUCAGGAAAUUGCUAAUCUUCCCCUUUUGCAAGCCCAAGCCC